AUGCAAUCGAAGUUUUGGGCGGCGGGGGCUGAAUCCUCGGAAUCAGAAUACUCCUCGGAGAGUGACGACCAGGAGCAGGAGCAGCAGAAAAAGGUGGCUGCUCCGUCCUCUCGGUGGGCUGCUGCUGAGACCUCGUCUAGCGAUGAUGAGGGACGUGUUGUUAAGAGUCUGAAAGAUAGGCGCUGGGGCGCUAUGCGCGAAGUCAUCCGUCAGAUGGAAAAUCACAUGAAGAUCUUGGACUUUGCGGAACUCGGAAAGGAUUAUGACACGCUGUUGAAGAGCUAUCACAAGGCGCACCAGGUUAUUGAGCAGGAGGGCGUGCCGAACUUCUUUGUUCGCGCCCUUGUUGCUCUUGAGACAUUCGUCGAGGAGAAGCACAAAGACAAGGAAAGCUUCAAAAAGCUGUCUCGCCCGAAGGCCCUUGCGUUGAAUACCCUGAGGGCUAAGGUUCGCAAAACUACCGAGCCGUGGGCGACGAACAUUUCUGAGUGCAAAGAGAAUCCCGACAAGUUCGAAACGGAAAGCGAAGACUCCGACGAGGGUGACUCGGACAGCGACUUCAGUGAGGACAGCAGCGAGGAGAGCGAAUCGAGUGAAGAAAGUAGCAGCGACUCCGAAGAUGGCGAGGGCAGCCACAAGGAGAAGGCGGAGGGGUCUGAGGACGGCAGCGAAUGGUCGGAUUCGGAAGCAGACGAUGAGAGCCAAGGCGACGACGGCGACCGGCACAAAGACGCCAUGGCGAAGUGGGGUGUACGCGAGGAAGGGGAGAAGAAGAAGUCCAAGUCUGCAAAGAAGAAGCCUUCAGUGAAGCCCUCUAAGACAGCCUCGAAAGAGCCGGCACCCGCUGGAGCAGAGGCAGGAUUCACUACGAAGGACAUGGAGCAUUUGUUCGACACCAGCGACCUGAAUGAGGAAGUCAUUGCGAAACGCGUACAGAUGGUUGUAGAAAAACGCGGUAGGCGAGGCGUUGACAAGAUGGAGCAGAUGCGCAUUUUGAAGCGUCUGGCCGAACUCGCGGAAACCGUGAGCCCCCAGUGCCACCUUGAAGCGUUGGGUCACUUGAUCAGUGCGGAGUUCGACACCACGUCUGGCGUGUUUACUUGCAUGCCACUUGCGAUUUGGAUGGAAACGUUCGCCGGCGUUAAGCUCCUCCUUACCAUCAUGGAACAGAACAAGGGCUCGUACUUGGUGCCCAUAGCGGGGAUAGCAGAGGGGUCGACCCCAGAAGAGAUCCAGCAAGUAUCGGCGUGCAUUCUCGCCUCAUUUGUGGAGCGUCUUGACGACGAUUUGAUAAAGUCGCUGCAGUCGACAGACGUCCACUCGGACGAAUACAAGGAACGGCUUGGCAAGAGCAUUGACAUCUUGGCCCUCCUUUGGCGCACAUUCUGCUUCCUUGAUGGUCGGGGCUUCAAGACGCAGGCGGCAACGGUCGCUCUGAAGGUCAACGAGCACAUGCAUUAUAAGCCUGAUGCGAUCGCAACCAAGAUGUGGGAUGUCUUGCGCAAGGAGUUGCCUGAUGAACUCUGUGUUAACCUUCCCGGAGAAAAUAAUAUGGCGCCCACGGCCUUCAUUGAAACACUGACGCGCUACGUCUUCAAAUACUCGCAAAGCCAGCGCGACAAGAUCCGCGCGCUACUGCAUGUGGCGUAUAGCAAGAGUUUGCACGACGACUACUACCAGGCCCGCGAUCUGAUGCACACGCCUAACAUCCAGGAGUUGGCUAUGCAGACCGAUGUUUCCACCCAGAUCUUGUACAACCGGAACUUGGUGCAGCUCGGUCUAUGUGCUUUCCGCAAUGGACUGAUCCAAGAUGCCCACGCAUGCUUGUCGCAGAUAUGCCCCAAACACAAGGAGCUGCUAGCCCAGGGUCUCUCCAACCUUAAAAAUGUCGAGCGCACACAAGAGCAGGAACGUGCAGAAAAGCGAAGAUUGCUGCCUUAUCACAUGCAUAUCAGCAUGGAACUGAUCGAAUGUGUUCACAACAUCUGCGCCAUGUUGCUUGAGGUGCCACACAUGGCGCACGACGCGUUCGACCCCAGGAAACGCUUGAUCAGCAAGCACUUUAGGCGCAUGCUCGAAAUGUACGACCGUCAGACGUUUAUGGGGCCUCCAGAAAACGCGAGGGAAACAGUCAUGGCCGCAACGAAGGCUCUACAACGGGGUGACUGGAGCGAAUGCGCUCGGUAUUUGUGGACUUUGACUAUUUGGGAGAAGAUGAUCAACAAGGAGCACAUUCAAGAAAUGCUUCUGCAAAAGAUCAAGGCCGAAGCUAUGCGCACCUACAUCUUCACAUUCUUGUCGCUUUAUGACUCGUUUGCCAUCGGGCAGCUCGCGAGCAUGUUCGACCUCUCCCUGAAUGCCGUGCACUCCAUUGUCAGCAAGAUGAUGAUCAACGAGGAAAUCCACGCGAGUUGGGAUGAAACCAGCCAGUUCAUUUUGAUUAGUCGCGUGAAGCACACGCGCCUGCAGCAACUUGCGCUCACGCUCGCAGAAAACAUCACAAACGCUGUUGAGCAGAACGAGCUGACGCUGAACAUGAAGAACCCGAAGUUUGCUUUGACUCACGAGAGACGGUUCAUGCGGGAGGGAGAUCGCGCUGGCUGGGGUGGACGCGACCGCGAAGAUGGCAACUACUACCGCAACAGACCAGGUUUCAGAGGCCGAGCAGGUCUUAAUCCAGUGGGGGCCAGGGGCCGGGGCACUGGACGCGGUGGCUUCAGAGGGGGUGGCUUUAGAACCAACAGGGGAGGGGGCGACUACCGUGGCGAUCACCGUGGCGAAAACCGAGGAGAACGAGGCGACCACAGAGGCAACCAGGACGUGCGCGAUCCAUUCCGCAUUAAGUUUAGCAGCCCGCUCACGUAUAACUGA